CGCUCUGCCAUGUUGAGCGCUUUGUUUCUGUAAGUGAGUCGCGAUGAUGGAGCAGAGCUGGAGCUCUUUCUUAUUCCAGCAGGCUAAUGAAGCCCUUCACCACCAGCACCAGGUGGCUCCGAAUAGCCUGCUGCCUCUUCUCAACUCUGAGCCACCCGACCAAAAACCUGUGAUGCCCAUUCUGCUGGACCACAAACCCCCCGUAAGUGUUGCUGAGCUCCUCAAGGACAACGUUGUCAGCGGGGCGGGCGGAGGAGGGGGCGGGAAUGGCGGUUCCCAGAUGCCCAUGAUCAAGAAGGAGCACAAGAGCAAAACCCCGUUCAUCUGCGGUUACUGUAACAAAGCCUUCCGUGACAGUUACCACCUGCGACGCCACGAGUCCUGCCACACCGGCAUCAAAAUGGUGUCCAGACCCAAAAAGACGGCACAAGCGGCACCCACCAUGGUUUCGCUCAUCUCCACGAUGUCUCGCGAGACCUCGGGAGACCCCUCCUACAUCUCCACCGUUGCCGGGAUGUUUUCCACGGCGACCACCUCUACAUCCUCCUCGUCCACCGUCAUGUCCCUGUCAUCCAUGUCCAAUGUGACCCAGCACAGCGCCCCCAAAAAACCCCCCAAGCCUGUGAAGAAGAAUCACGGUUGCGAAAUGUGCGGAAAAGCUUUCCGGGAUGUUUAUCACCUGAACCGCCACAAGUUGUCUCACUCGGACGAAAAGCCGUUCGAAUGUCCCAUAUGCCAGCAGCGUUUCAAGAGAAAAGAUCGCAUGACGUACCACGUACGCUCGCACGAUGGAGGCGUGCACAAACCGUAUGUCUGUUCCGUGUGCGGAAAGGGCUUCUCGAGGCCAGAUCAUCUCAGCUGCCAUGUGAAGCAUGUUCAUUCAUCGGAGAGACCUUUCAAAUGCCAAGUAACGGCCUGUACAUCAGCCUUCGCCACCAAAGACAGACUUCGGUCGCACAUGAUACGACACGAGGGGAAAGUGACCUGCAACGUUUGCGGAAAGAUGCUGAGCGCCGCCUACAUCACCAGCCAUUUAAAAACACACGGCCAGAGCAACUUCAACAACAACGUCUGUAACAAAGGAGACUGGCAGUGGAACCACUCAGGGCUCCGAAAAGACAACACGGAUGUUUGCAGUUCUGGCUCUUCCACACCGGUCACAGCCACAGCCCCCAUCACCUCGGCGAUGAACCGUGGCAACUCCAGCCACCCCGUUACCAUAGCAGCCCAGAUGAACAUCUCCACCAACACUGUUAACAUCACAUCUCCCAUCAGCCUGCAGCACCCGGUUACCAUCACCGGGCCCGUGAAUAUCGCCCAUCCCAUGGCCAUCUCCACGCCCAUGUCUAUGAACAUCGGCACUCCGCUCAACAUCGCCAUGAGAUCCAUGGACAGCAUGCCCUUCCUGUCCCAGGUCUUGCCAUCUUCUCCGCCCUGGUAGAAGCAACUGUGAACCGACCAGCCUACUGUCCUGACAUCCAUUUGACUUUCACACUGACCUUUGACGCCCGUGUGUUGCGAGAAAUCCCAUCACUCAGCUGCAUCGCAACACUAGGAAGAUUUGCCUGGCUUGAUUUACCCAUCCUUGGAUUUAUGAACUUGUACCAUUGCGUUUUCUGCACAUGGUGAGCUCGGUAGCAGGGCAUUUCACAAGUUUUUAAUAGACAAAUGCAAUAAUUGACGUGCAUCUUUGAACUUUUUUUUUUUUAAAUGAGCAGAGGGCCGAUGGAUUAUCCUACUUUAUGGAGGCGUUACCUGCUAUCAGUAUUUAAGGAAAUGAGUCCGACAGGGACAACUGCUUCCAUUGGGAGAGAUGAUAUUUUUCUUUAUUUUUUGUAAACAAACGUUUUUUUGGGGGAUUUUUCAUAGAUGCGUGUGAGGGACUUUUGCUGAGGUACAGUUGUCUGACCAUCAGCUGUGAACGUGUUUUGUUUUCUUUAUGAAUAGUGUUUGUCACGACACUGUUUACAACUGUUAUUUUAUUCUGUGAGCAGAGGCCGUCUUUGUUCUCUUAUUGUUUACGUGGCUAUUUUUACGGUGUCAUAGGUUUUAUUUUUCUUAAGGAAUAGAGAAAAGAGUCUUGCACUGAACGCAUUUCCCUAAAGAGUCAGUAUUAUCUAAUGAGUGAAUAUUUUGAUAUGCAUGACCUGUGUGUCUGUAAAGUAUACGUGCGUUUCCACGUCCACAAUUAUGUGCCCUCGAUGAACCUUUAUGCCUGGUGUGGACUUUAAAGCCGACUACUACCCCACAGUCUAAACCACGUUACAUCACCAAAGUGUGACUCACAAGGGCAUUUUUGGGAGCCCAGUGUUGUAAAGAAGCCAACAGUGUGCCAGACCGACUUAUGAGACUUUUUCUUCUGUGGAACACAAAAGAAGAUAUUUCAAGAAAUGUCUCAGUGAUUUUGUGUCCAUACAAUGGAAGUCAAUGGGGGCCAAUGUUGUUCGGUUACCAACAUUCUUCAAAUGAUCUUCUUCUGUGUACUGCAGAAGAAAGUAAGUCAUCCUAUUAAAUGCUUGCGUUUAUAGCACAUUUGCGACAGGACCUGCGAGUGUUCGAUAACCAGCUUAUAAAAUGAUUUGAGGCCUGCGUUGAUGCACCAUGAAGUUUUAAGUUAGUUUGUAGGUGAAAGUUUUUUAUAACCCUGUUCUUAUUAAUUCUGCUCAGGAAGUGUGCAGAGAGUAGUCUGGUAAAAUUGUAUUAAUUUCCAUGUUUUCCGUUUUUAAAGGCUGCGUGUGGAACCCAUGACAUGACCCUCGAAUAAUUCAUGUUUGUGUGUAAAUAUUUUACCUUUUUGGUUUAGUUUUCGUUUAGUGAGUGGAAGUAGAAAGACAUCUCUCAGUUGGCACAUCUUGAUCGACGGCGCCGCCUAUUCAUUACUACAUUUAAAUAAGUAACGUUGAUCUGCUAUAGUGGUUUUAUAGUAUUCUCCUGUAGCUAAAGCCCACAGAUAUAGUGUAAAAAAAAAUGUUCCUCCGCUUGAAACAAUGAAUGUUUACAGGCCAAAUUUUUACACUGUGUUGGUCACAUGCUGGUCUGUUUAGAGUUAAAAUGUGUGUGUUAGUGAGAACAAGUAGAAUGAGCGAGCUGUGAGUCAAAACAAGAGCCCACCUGACUGAUUUUAGGUACGUUACUUCAGUCACUUUCUCUACAUACUUCGCUCGUCCCAGUGAGAAGAGAUCGCUGUAUUGAAAAUGGGGCUUUUCAACGAUUGAUCGUAUCCAGAAAUAAAGUUUUUGAUUAUAUUAUACAUUUCUACACUGUGUAUGCUUAUUUUGUAUUUAUAAACGCAUACAUGUAUAUCUUUAGGAAAUACUUGCAUGUAUAUAUUUAUAUAUAAUUUAAAUUAUAUAUAAAUAUUUAUCAAUUCUUAUCAUUUAUAUUUUUUUACUUAUCAUGUAUAAGUAUAUACUUGUGUAUCUGUUUAUAAAUACAUAACUAGCAUGCACAGUGCACAAACUUAUAUCACCAUAAACACAAACUUCUAUUCUGGAUGCGAUUAAUCGUGAUUAAUCGUUGAACAGCCCUAAUUAAAAACACUAAAUAUUUGAUUGAAUUGUAUGCAGUUUUAUGGGUAGAUUUCCCGCCACAGCCUCUGAAGCUUGAGACGGUCUGAGGCUUGUGAACGGAUGCCGUCCUCGCCCGCACUGAGACUCAGGAAGAUGUUUUUCCUGGUCAAACACGAUGAACCCAUGUGUGCAUGUGAAGCAUUUUUGUCUCCCAUCACACCAGAACAAAGCAUCUUUCCUUAGUUUGUUGGAGAAUGAGAAGGCGUGUCGAUGCAUUUCUUUAGUAGAUGCAUUGCAAUUGCCUCUUAUGUUUGCCAAAUUCAAACCAAUUAAUGAAAUCCAACCAAGUGAACGUUUUAUAAUUGAGUCUGAUGUCGUUUUAAUUCAGUUGUUGGACUGGAUGAUUUUGGAGCCCCUGUGAAAGCGGUUGAAUGUAUAUGUUUGUACAGAACUGUUUAGCUGGAAGAACCUAGAUUACAGAUAGACACGUGAGCGAAAAAGAGCAGAAUAACCUUUUAUAAAACUUUUGUAUUAGUACAUUAACAAUGGUAAUUUUGUAUAUACGAAGACUAGGCUUUCUGAGUAGCAGAAAGGAAAAAAAACAUUCCUACAUUUUUUUUAAAUGUAAGUUUGUCAGAAAUACUUAUGUAAACAUGAGCAAUGUUUUAUGUGCCUUUUAUUUGGGUUGUCUAAAUAAAAGUAAACUGUAAAACA